GGUGCGCAUGCGCGUAACCCAGAGAAAGAUGGCCUCGUCCAUCAAUGGUAUUUUUCCAGGCCAGCAGCCGCCCGGUGCUAAUCCCGUUGGGGUUCCUCCUGGACCGGCUCAACCGAGCUUUCCCGGUACCGUUCCUCGGGUUCAGGGAAGCAAUACCCUGGUCGACGAACUGGAGGCUUCCUUCGAGGCCUGCUUUUCAUCACUAGUAAGUCAAGACUAUGUCAACGGCACAGAUCAGGAGGAGAUAAGGACUGGUGUGGACCAGUGCAUCCAGAAGUUCCUGGAUGUGGCUCGACAGACGGAGUGUUUCUUCUUACAGAAGAGGCUUCAGCUGUCUGUGCAGAAACCAGAGCAGGUGUUGAAAGAGGAUGUGUCAGACCUGCGUAAUGAGCUACAGAGGAAAGAAAUGCUGGUUCAGAAGCAUUUGGCCAAGCUGCACCACUGGCAACAAGUACUGGAGGAUGUGAGCGGUCAGCAUCGUAAGCCCACAGACCUUCCCCCUCCAGGACCGCUGGCCUUUCUGGAACAGGCCUCAGCUAGUCUGCCCCCUGCUCCUUUAAAACCAAGCUAGGGCACCAAAGCCCUUUCACACCUGUAGAAGCUGCCCUGCACUAAAAACGCAAAGUCAUCCUGUGUGCAGGAGAACUGUCACAUUUGGUGUUAGCUGGCUUUGGGAAGAGUGAAUGGACAACUACGUUCUGGUCAGAAAUGCAGAUAAUUGCUGCCAUUUAGGUAUGUAGACUGUAUAGACAGCUAUCAUUGGAAAGAAGAUACUUUUUACAACUUUUCUGCCUGGUUUUUGAUGUGUGUAAAUAUUUUGAAUAUUUUUUAUGUGAGAAUAAAAUUUGUAUUUUGUG